CCGGUACUGUCGUGAGAAGAACGCCCGACGCAGAGACCAGGGGCUUCCAGACGCCAGCAGACCGUCCCAGCCGCGUGAUGGCGGAGGUGGCGGCGUCUCGGCCGUCGCCCGGCCUCUCGCUCUCGGCCGAGAACCUGCACGCGCUGGAGCCGGCCGCCGCGCUCGACGAUCUCGUCGAGUCGGAGGUGAUUGUUGGCGACGACAGCGACGACGAGUUCGCCUUCAACGGCGAGGUCAAGGACACUGAGGAGAUUUACAUCCAGAACGGGCCGCGCGGACCCAGCAUGACGGUCGGCCACGUGACGAUCGAGCACAGCUACUGCACGCCCGAUGACGACGAAGCGCCGGUGAAACUCGUCGACCCGGAUCGGUUCAGUGAGUUCUUUCUCAUGGACGAGGCGGCGCCACCGACCGCCGCCGGCGUCGGCAGCGGUGGCGGCGGCGCUCACGUGCAGCUGUUCUCGGACAUGCGCCAGUGUGUGAGCGGCGGCGGCGUGAGCUACCUGCAGGUGUCGUCGGCGGUGCUCAGCUCGCUGCAGCAGGGCGCGCGCCGGCUCGAGAGCCUCACCGAGGAGGACGAGACGGAGGCGGCGCAGGAGGCGCCACCGGGCCGCUGCCGGCCGCCGCGCGCCGACGCCGACGCCGCCGCCCCGGCCGCACCGACCGUCAGUGACGCGCCGACUGCCGGCGAGUCGACAGCGUCGGGGGACGGCGCGAAGUCGGCGGCCAUGUCCACGCCCGACGCGCCCCCGGAGCCGCCGCCGCCCGCGCCCGUGGUGGACGUGUGGGGCGCCGGGGUCGGCGUGUGCGCGCCCGCGGCGCCUGUGGAGACCGCGAGUCCGGUGAGCCAUGCCGCACCAACGGACCGUGUGAGCUCGGCGGGUCCGAGCGCGGCAGAGCCGGCAGUCGCCCCCACAGACCCCAGCAAGCCAGCGCCGCCCAGCAGCGCGACUGGUGCGUCCGACCCGGUGCAGUCAGCGGUGCCGGCCGGCGGCGCCGAGCCGGCCGGCUCCGACUCCAUCAGCCUGGUGAGCCCGGUCGAGCCGUCGUCAGAGAUUUCGGGACCCGUCAGUCUGGUCGGCAUCGUGCUGCCGUCGACCAUGACGGCGGAGCAGGCCGCCGAGCCGGCCGCGGCCGCCGGCGAGGACGGCCGCCCGCACGACGCGCGGAGCGACCGGCUGUGGGGCGCGGCCGGCGCCGCAGCCGUCGACAGCGCGCCCCUUCCGGUGCUGAAAAUCGAUGAGAGUGUGGAGUCGAGGAGCGACGAGCCGGAGAGCGUCUCGUCGGACCGGUCAAGCCCGCCGCGCAGCAGCCGCGACGGCUUGGCGGCGUCGGCGCGGCGCCCGCCCAAGGUCAGUCCGCGCGGCUCGCUGUCGGCACGCGCUAAGGUCGACCUGGCGAAGACCCGGCCCGCGUCUGCCACGCGAGAGGAGAAGCGUACGCUCACCAACUACGGCACGCUGCCGCGCAGCAAGGGUAAGAAGCCGCUGCCCGCCGACGCGUCCAAGAGGGAGGAUCUGCCGGCCGUGUCAGAGAUCACCAAGAAGCGCGACGUCGCUGCGAAACCGGCCAGCGCCAAGCCAGCGCUCUCGCUCAAGAGGAAACCGCUAGACAAGAAAGUGGCGGAGCUGAAGAAGUCCGAGUCGGCGCCGGAGGCGUCAGACAUCGGCGGGGGUGACGGCGCCAGCUACGGCACGCUGGGCCGGCGGAGAAAGACACCGCCGGACGCCGCCGCCGAGCUGAAGAAGAGCGCCGACAAGUACGGCACGCUCACGAGGAAGAAGAAGGAGCCGAAAACGUCCGAGGCGGCGGCGGCCAUCUCCAAGUCAGCGACGUUCACAUCGGAAGAGCUGAAGCGCAGCGCCGACACAUUCGCCACGCUCGGCCGCCGCAAGAAGACGCCGCCGCCGGCGCCGGCGGCCAAACCCGACCCACCGCCGAAGCCCUCACCGCCCGCUGCCCGAUCGGCCGCGGCGCCACCCCGACCGAAUCCCCGCACGGAGGAGCGCGCCGACAAGCUGGAGGUGCAGGAGGAGCUGGGCCGCACCACCGUGCGCGUGCAGGAGAUGAUGUCGCGCAUGGAGGGCGACCUGGAGAAGUCUGUGGCGGCGCAGAAGACGCUCCUGCAGCAGGUACAGGAAACCGAGGCCGAGUCCUUCGAACUGCACGAGUUCAUGCAACUGGAGAAAAACGCACUGGUUGAUGCACUCAGGGAGGCGGAGAAUGAGACGCCCCUCAUACCGUCCGAACGCGCCGCCAGGGAAGAGAUGCUGACCCUGAAGGCGGAGCUGCGGCACGUGCAGAGCCGCACCAAGGAGCUGCUGCUGACGGCCGGCUCCAACAGCGACUCGGAGGCCGAGCUGCGCGAGCGGCUGGCGCAGCUGGAGGCGGAGAACGUCGAGCUGCGCAGACAACAGUCGCACACCGCCGACAACGAGACCGCAAGCUUGCGACAGGAGCUGCAGAAGAAGGAUCGCCAGCUGGAGGAGCUCAAGCAGAAGUACACUAAGCACAAGCAGAUACUCACAGAGAACGUGCAGAAGGCCGAGUCGGAGAUACAAACCCUGGACGAGAUUAUUGACUACGUCAUCGUCUCGCUGGGCGCCGUGCCGGAGCUGGUGCAGAAGGAGUCGGUGCUGUGGAAGCUCUGGCUGGACCUGGACGGGCCCAACAAGACCAUCACCAAGACCAAGCUGAACGGCACGUCUGCGGUCAGUGAUCUCAACGCCAACGCGGACAUCGUCAAGGUGUAG